AUGCACCACGUUUGUAGGGCAGCCCAUCAUCUCCCAGCCUUGUCCAAGGCAGUCCCAAACAUCCUUCUCUGUUUUCUCCACAGGGUUUUCAAGAAGACCAGCCCCAACAGCAAGCUUUCCCUCUACCUGGGGAAGAGAGACUAUGUGGAUCAUGUGGAUUCAGUGGAAUCUGUAGAUGGUGUCUGCCUGAUCGACCCGGAGUACCUAAAGGACAGGAAAGUGUACGUGACUCUGACCUGCGCCUUCCGCUACGGCCGCGACGACCUCGACGUGAUCGGCCUGACCUUCAGGAAGGACAUCUACGUGCUGACCACCCAGCUGUACCCCCCUGUGCCCGACCAGGCCCCCAAAACCCUCACUCCUCUGCAAGAGAAGCUGAUGAAGAAGCUCGGGGAGCAUGCCUACCCCUUCACCUUCGAGAUUGCCACCAAUCUACCCUGCUCCAUCACCCUCCAGCCUGGGCCAGAUGAUGUGGGAAAGGCCUGUGGUGUGGACUUCGAGGUCAAAGGAUUUUGUGCUGAAAAUCUGGAGGAGAAAAUUCACAAGAGGAACUCUGUGCGCCUCAUCAUCCGCAAGGUCCAGUUCGCCCCAUCGCAGACGGGGCCGGCCCCGAGAGCCGAGACCACCCGGCAGUUCAUGAUGUCAGACAAGCCUCUGCACCUCGAAGCUUCCCUGGAUAAGGAGAUCUAUUACCACGGAGAGCCCAUCCAUGUGACCGUCAACAUCAACAACACCACCAACAAGGUUGUGAAAAAGAUUAAGAUCACAGUGGAUCAGAUCACAGACGUGGUCCUGUACUCCCUGGAUAAAUACACGAAGACUGUGUGCACCGAGGAGAUAAAUGAGAAUGUGGCUGCCAAUUCCACCUUCUCCAAAACGUACUCGGUGACUCCCCUGCUCUCGGCGAACCGCCAGAAGCGAGGCCUCGCUCUCGAUGGCAAACUCAAGCAUGAGGACACCAACCUGGCCUCCACCACCAUGCUGAGACCUGGCAUGGACAAGGAGGUGCUGGGCAUCCUGGUGUCCUACAAAGUGAAGGUCAACCUGGUGGUGUCCCGAGGAGGCAUCCUGGGGGAUCUCACUUCCAGUGAUGUUGGGGUGGAGAUGCCCGUCAUCCUCAUGCACCCGAAGCCUGAUGACACUAAGCCAAGGAGUGAUGAGGACAUUGUCAUUGAGGAAUUUGCUCGCCAGAAGCUCAAGGGAGAGAAGGACGAUGAGGAUGAGAAGGAGGAAGCUGAGAAAGAAGAGAGCUAAGCUGCCGGCCCCCCACACCCCAGUUUGGGACACAGCCACCUGUAGUGUCCCCACUGUGCCACACCUGGCACCUAACCAUGACCCUCAGCCCCUCAUAGGUCCCCCCUCCUCCCCAGGAUCCCAGCACCCACUCCAAGCCCUGGUGAUGGUGGUGAGAGCUGCUGCAGCUCCUCCUGGGCCCACCACGCUGGAAAACCCCACGGUGCUCCCUGUUCCCAUGGGUGCCAGCACAAGGACAGGCUGGGUGCGAUGGCCCCGGCCAAGCACGUCACCAUUGUGGCUGUCACCCGCCCGUGCUGUGCACAGCUCUGUGACAUUGAUACCAAUAAACCCACCCGGUGGCCCAGUGCAGGCUCCGUGUUGUGCUGGGGGGGAGCAGACGCUGCAGGGGGAUAUGAAGUGAUACAAGGCACGGCUGGAUGCAUCCCGCCACAGCUGGGUCCAAUCCCUGCACAACCACCCCCGGUACAACCACACCCGUUCUGCUACAACCAUCCUCGGCAC